GGAUUCAGUGAUAGAUUCCCCGUUUGUGGGGAAGCAUCGCAGCAAGAUUGCCUCGUAGUUUGUGACUUGAGAUUUAAUACAUAAGUUGGUCAAUUAUUUAAAAGUUAAUUUUUGUUAUAAAAUAAAAUUCUGUAGGAAUAUUAAGCCUGCUUUUUUUGAGAAAUCAAUCGUCCUUUUUUCCACCUGGAGGAAAUCCACCCGUGGUUCGAGAACCAAGUCAUCACUUAUUUAUGACUUGAUUAAUAUCGAGUAUGAAAAUCAUUCUGGCUAGAUUUUCUUCAACCCUGCCAAUGCCGAUUGCGAGUAUGAGUACUCUGACAAUUCCUAAGCCAUUGCCACACACAACUCAUCUUUUUGGAUUCAUUGACAUUUAUACAAUGUUUAUACUGAAAAUUUCAACGAAAAUCAAGCAAAGAGAAAUUAAUAGUUACAAUGGAGCUCAAUCUCCGGACCACAACGGAUUGGAAAAAUUUUGGAAAUAAGCAAUUUGUCCUGAAAAGGUACGGUGACGCUUUGAAAGCGUACAAUGUCGGACUGACGCUCUGCAACAAUGAAGACCUCGAUCUCUUAACCAACCGAGCAGCUGCUUAUCUGAAUCUGGAACAUUUCAAUAAAGCUCUCGAAGACACGAAUCGUGUCCUGAGUUCGCAACCAAAUCAUCCCAAAGCCAUUUACCGGAAGGCGAAGGCGUUAUGUGGACUUUCAAAGUGUGAGGAAGCCAUACAAUUUUUGAAAUCGGCAAUAUCCAGACAAAACAAUAAGAAGCCGAGUAAGGAGCUCUCCGAUCUGUUGGAGAAAGCUGAAAUUAUGAGAGAACAACAGAUCACUUUGGAAUACGAUGUUACAGAGCAUUUCACCAACUACUUCUUCAGAAUUGACAACUGGUCCGAAUAUUAUGGACCGGUUGAGGUGCAAGUUAUUCCAGGCAAAGGAAGAGGUCUUGUCGCCACGGAAGACAUUGCAGAAGGUAAACUAAUAUUUUGCUCGAGAGCAUUCGCAAUCGAAUUUCAUGAUCCAGAAAGCGAUUCGGAAACUGCUGAAGAUUUUAUUAAAAAUGAUAAAGAAAUCACGUCCUUGCAUGACGACAGAACCUGCCUCUUGAUUCAAAAGAUUUACGAUAGGAUACAACAAGAUCCUGAACUUGGGAAGAAUAUCUACCAAUUAUUUGCUGGACCUAAUCUCGAAAGACUCGACCCAUCCAAAGAUGACUGCUCCAUCCCAGACGCUCGACGAAUAUCCGGCAUCAUCCGAUACAACUGUUUCGCCAACAGUGAUGAUAACACUGACGCUGAAAAAUCCAGUGGAAUCUGGACCCUCCCAUCAUUCUUUAACCAUCGCUGCAUCGGACAAAACUGCACUUGGAAAAUCUUUGGAAAUUUUAUCAUGAUCCGUGCUUGUCGAUUGAUAAGAAAAGGAGAAGAGCUUCAAAUAUCGUACGCUAGUCCAACAUGGACAUACAAAGUCCGCCAAGGCCUACUAAUAGACCGCUUGGGUUUCCGGUGUGACUGCGAACUUUGUGUUUCAGAUCGAUCACUGCCCAAAGAAGUGAUCGUUGUACGAGAAAGACUUCAAAAUUUGGCUUUGAAACAGUCGGUAGAUUUUGUGGGGCUGAAUCCUGACGCUGAUCCAGCCCUGAUUUAUAAAAAGUUUCAAGAGUCCAGUUCACUCCUCAUCGAGAUUUUGCAAAGACUGGAAGACAUGCAUCCAAAUCAUGGGAUGCUGAACGUGCUCAUUCUCGACUGUCUGCAACAACUGGGUAUGAAAUACUUCGGGGUUGGUGAGUAUGAAAAGGCUGCAAACUACAUGCAGAGAGCUCAUGCCAUAAUGAAAGCGGUUGUACUUCCGCAUGGAGCAGUGGAAACGGGGCUUUGGAUUGUAGGGUCUUAUUUGCAAAUGGGGGACAUCAAAAAGGCGAAACAUUUUAUCCAAGUACUGAAAAAGGACGCGAUGCUAGCUCACGGGACGCUUAAGACGCUCAAAAUGCUCGGCGAAUGGGUAAUUGUCGCGAUGGAAGAACAUAACAUCCCACUUUGACCGUUCUUCAGAGACGAGUUCAGUCGUAUUUAUGGUGAUAAUAUGCACCAACAAGAUAAUUAACUUAAUUUUAGGAGAAACCCUUUAUUCCACUUUUGUAACAUGAAAGAAAACCUGUAAUAUCAUAGAAGUACAAAUAAAUACGUUGUGAAAAUGUCACAAAUUACAGUGGG